UAAAUAUGGCGGACGUGACGUCAUCAGCCGCCUUCAUCCGGGGACCGAGACCCUGGACCUUCCCUCCUCCCAGUGCCCUUCCAUUAGUAUUUAGUGUUAUUUCCUAUAUUUUCCAGCUGUUUUCAUGCAUAGAGAAGAAUAGAAAGAGGAGGAAAGAAGGAGAAAUGAAGAAGGAGGAGGAAGAAGAGGGAAGGGAAGGAGGAAGAGGAGAAGGAAAAGAAGAAAUAUUAAGAAAAGAUUUUCACUGAAUUUCCAGCGUUUUAAAGUGAGACGGCCCACAGAGUCGCGCCAAAAACGUGGAUCUACAGGCCAGGCAUCUUAUGUUUAACCAGGUGUACAAGGUGCUGGCUUUCAAGGGCCCCUCCACACCUACAGACACACGCACACACCACCAGAUACAGGAAGAAUUAAUUGAUGAGCUACAGAACUACACCAUCGUUCAGGUGGCAGCCGGAGACCAGCACUCUCUUGCUCUCACCUCCUGGGGCCUGAUCUACGCACGGGGUGACAAUGGGUACGGUCAGCUUGGCGUCAACUCCUGCGACAGUCACACCGCCACACGCAAGCUUGUCAAGAGUCUGGCCAGGAAGGUGACAGUGCAGCUGGCCUGUGGCGCCAACCACACCCUUGCCUUGACUGCUGAUGGUGACAAAAUACCUUCGGCCAGUUGGCACUUAGACACCGACAGGGGCCCCAGAAGGAUCCUGCCCUGGUGACCUCCUUGGCUGGCACCCUCUUAGUCCUGCUGGCCGCUGCGGGUCACCACUCUGCUGCCGUGACCCAGGCCGGCUACCUGCUGUUGUGGGGGUCAAACAAGCAGGGUCAACUGGGCUAUACUCCCAAGGGUGAUCCUCUUGUUAGUGACACCCCAGCGUUGGUGCCGAAUUUGGCCUCUUAUUCUGAACGAAUUGGGUAUGUGGCACUUGGGGAGAGCCACACAGCGGCACUCGACUCUUUAGGGAAGAAUUAAUUGAUGAGCUACAGAACUACACCAUCGUUCAGGUGGCAGCCGGAGACCAGCACUCUCUUGCUCUCACCUCCUGGGGCCUGAUCUACGCACGGGGUGACAAUGGGUACGGUCAGCUUGGCGUCAACUCCUGCGACAGUCACACCGCCACACGCAAGCUUGUCAAGAGUCUGGCCAGGAAGGUGACAGUGCAGCUGGCCUGUGGUGCCAACCACACCCUUGCCUUGACUGCUGAUGGUGACAAAAUACCUUCGGCCAGUUGGCACUUAGACACCGACAGGGGCCCCAGAAGGACCCUGCCCUGGUGACCUCCUUGGCUGGCACCCUCUUAGUCCUGCUGGCCGCUGCGGGUCACCACUCUGCUGCCGUGACCCAGGCCGGCUACCUGCUGUUGUGGGGGUCAAACAAGCAGGGUCAACUGGGCUAUACUCCCAAGGGUGAUCCUCUUGUUAGAUCUUCGCAGGGGGGGGACGUCAGCAUGGCCACCGUCAGCAGGGAGAGUGGGGGUGCUGAGGACUUUUGCAGCCCUCCCCUACCCCGACCAAAUGCCCUCUCUCUCACAAUUCAAGAACAUAUGAUUAAGAAACUUCUGUCAAUUGAGGAAGAAGACAUGAUUGAUGACGAUUUGUUUACGUUCGUACUGGCAUUCAAAACGUGGCCAAGAGUCUUCCUUCGCAUCCCCCAGCCAGGACGCCUUACGCUGUUAUGUUCUUCCCCUGUACAAGGACUUCACUGACCCUAAACAAACGGCCAAACUCCAAACGCCGUAUGCUGAGGGAGUGUUGAAGCUUGACAAGGAGAUGGCGGAGGUGUUCAGGACUUUCCACUAAGGCUGGUUACUGUGUACAAGAAUGUGGUGGUACAAAUACUGAAUUUUGCUCACCAAUCUAGCUCUGAGAGACCGGCGUGCCCUCGUGUCUUCCCUGCGGCUGUUGUCCCUGGUCCACGGUCUGAACUUCCAAGCCGGCUGCCGAGUGGGGCGGUUGAACUACGACGACUUUUACAUCCCAGAAAUUGCUAGAGAAAAUUGAUAUUAGGAAUGAUUACUUGAACUGGAUGAACAGCAGGCUUCACCCGAUGUCCAGGAGGGAGAGUCCAAUCCUGUUCUGUGAGUAUCCAUUCUUGUUCGACCCUCAGGCCAACACGCUGCUGCUCAGGUGUGACGCCACUCGGCAGGGCGAAUGUUUCCCAGACCACCCGGUCAUACGCACGUUCUGGGAAGUAUUUCACAAACUCUCCCUGGAGCAGAAGAAGUGGUUUUUGAAGUUCCUGACGGGUACUGACAGGGUUCCUAUUCUGGGCAUGAAGGCACUCAAGUUGAUGAUCCAAAGCACAGCAGACGACAGCUUCCUUCCGGUCGCACACACCUGCAUCGCCCAACUCGACCUGCCAAGAUACAACACCAAAGAGAAGCUGAAAUACAAACUUCUACAGGCCGUACAGCAGAGUGAAGGGUUCGGCCUGGUGUGAGGGUGUCAGGGGGUGUUGACGGGGUGUGAGGGGGUGUUGAAGGGUGUGAGGGGGUCAGGGGAGGCUGUGUGAGUUGGAUAAGAGUGACCUUGUGUGUGGGAGGAAGUGCCUGUUAAGAAAAUAGAAUAUAUAGAAAUUAAUAGAAAAUAUAUGUAAUAGUUUACAGAAUUAUUAUUAUUAUUAUUAUUAUUAUUAUUAUUAUUAUCAAAUUGAGUAUAUUUUUUAGUCUUGUUACAAAAAAAAAUGAAUGAAAUAAAGAAAAUGAAAAAGGUAA